UUAAGAAUUUUUGUCUUCCGUAGAUGUCUCCAAGAAAAAGGCACCAUAUAGAAUCAUUAGAAGAGCUCAGUUUGGUUGUGGUCUUAUCAUCAGUUGUAGCUGAUCUACACCUUGCUCAUCUGCUUUGUACAGACCUUCGACAUUCAAUUGUGUUAUCGUCACUUAAUAUAUCCUCCCCAGAUGAACUCAGAAGAAUGGUGUCUGCUCGUCUUGCGACUCUCCCAGGUCUUUUGAAUGACCAGGUUCGAGAUCGCAUGGUUAAACGUCUCUUCGCCAGUCCAGAACCUGACAGAUGGGCCAAUGCCAAACUUGACAUACUCCGUGUUGUUUUAGAUGAUAGUGUUAUGACCAUUGAUUGUGGAGAACAAGCUCUACCCAGACGACUGCUCCAGGUUGUUGGGGAAUGUUGUCCAAAUCUUACAUCCCUAAAAGCCACACUUCACCAGAUUGAACCAUAUAGUGACGAGGCCCCAAGUGAUGAACCUGAAGGGUCUGGAAUCACUGUCAUGUCUGCACCCCCUCUUAGCCGCCAUAUGUUCUUCAGAGACUACCCUCCUUUGAAAGACUUUCAGGAAGAGGCCCCAAAGAACACUGCCAGCUCCAAGCCAGUUAAGGUUCCCUCUCCGUGUUCUGUACUGUCAGCACUGGCACCGUUGUCACAGUUAUCCACUUUGCACCUAAUGUAUGGUGCAAACAAUGAAAUACUUGCCGCUGUGGGACAGAGUGCUCCAAGACUUAAAGAAUUCCGUAUGUGUUACAGUUAUUGUGUCACUGAUGAAGGGUUGAAAGCUCUUUGCUUGAGAUUUCCUGAUAAUCAUUUGCUACGGAAAGGGAGACACCUUCACGAACUGAGAGUGCGUUCGUUUCAUCUCAAUCCCUGCUGUUCUACAUUAUCUGAGGUUGAUAUCCUUGGAACUGGCAUAACUCAGUAUGGAGUUGCUUUUCUUCUGAAACACCUGCCAGUACUCCGCUCCCUGGGUGAUUGCACUUCUGUAACAGAGGCAAUAGAGGUCCUGGUUGGCAAUAAAAGCCUUCGGACCAGCUUUGUGAGCCGGAUUCGCAGAUAUGCCAGCCGUUUUAAACUUACAAGAGUCAAAGAGGAUUCAGUGUCUGCCUCCAAAGUUAUUGUGAUAACAACCCAUUGUCCUGAUCUUAAGGACUUGAGCUUAACCCAUAGAUUUCGAGAGGUUGACCUGGAUCGACUGGCUGAGCUACCACCAACUCCAUCCUACUUCAGUUCACAUUUGGAGCAAUUAAAACUUCUCAAGGUAGUUUCCACUAUCAAUGUCAGAAGCUCAUCUGGGGUUUUUAGUUGGCUAGGACUCCAAUUAACAGCACUGACUGUAAAUUGCCGAGGUAUAGAAGUGCCUGUUGUCUUCCAGAGUUGCCCUAACCUAAAGUACUUGACAAUGGAAGGGGAAGAUAUAUCAGCUCCAUAUGAGGCUGUAGAGAUUUUUCGUGAAACAGCCCUUAUGAAGUUGCAGGUAGUGAAGAUAAAAUGUCACCUUCCUGCCCCUUACACUGAUGUAAUACUCGACAAUGCAAGAAAUCUGUCCCGUCUUGAGAUUGCUUGUCUCUGUGAGACUGGUGAUGAUAGAGUAACUCAGCUCAUGCAGAAUAAAUGCUUAGAAAAACUUAGGGAGUUUGAUGUUGGACGGGCACCAAAAUUAACUGUUGCAUCAGCAAGGAAGCUAGUGAAAAAUUGUCCAAAACUUCGGCUACUACAAGAUCUUGGUGGAUGGAAUAUUAAAACCGAAGAAUUCAAUGCUUUCUUGAAAGAAACAGAAGUAGAGAACUAUGAUGUACAAAUUGUUUACAAACCCAGAAGAAUCAGAAAUGAUAGUCACAGUGACGAUGAUCUUAUGGAUGAUUCUGAUGAAGAAUCUGGAGUUUGGGGACCAAUGAGAAAUCUUUUUCCACUUGUCAUACUCUAAGAUUUUAUUUAUUCAUGUAUGAGUUGAAAUAUAUAUUGUAAGGAUUA